GCACCACGGCAGAGAAAGCGAGCUUCCCGUUUUCGGCCGCACUCUGUGUGCCUCCUCUGUGGUGCGUUGGUGUAGGGUGGGAAAAAAAGAGGAAGAGGGAAUAUGGUUUCAUGUGACGCUCCUCCCGCUGUAGCGGAUCUCUGGUAGAGGCUGGGAGGAAGAAGGAGGCUGCGUGGAUCGGUGCUCAACAAAGCCGCUAGAUAACUGAAACGACCGCCUUCCUCGGCACCGAGCAAACGUAGAGGAGCACCGAGGAGACAUAAAUGGUGGAGGCCGUGGUGGAGUUCGACUAUGAGGCCCAGCAGGACGACGAGUUGAGCCUGAGUGUGGGCGACGUCAUCGUGAACAUACGGCGAGACGACGGAGGAUGGUGGGAGGGCGAGCUGGGGGGUCGCCGGGGGCUGUUCCCCGACAACUUUGUGCGGGAGAUAAAGAAAGAGGCCAAGAGGGAUGGAGGACAGGCGAGUACGGUCAAAUCAGACCUCUCCAACGGCCGGGCGAGUCCUGUGUCCGAGCCCAGCACGAGAGCGGGCAAGAAAGGGGAGCAGAUCCGUAAGCGGCGGUGCAAAGCAGCGUUCAGCUACGUGCCUCAGCAUGAAGACGAGCUGGAACUGAAAAUAGGGGACGUCAUUGAGAUCGUAGCAGAGGUGGAGGAGGGCUGGUGGGAGGGAGUCCUGAACGGCAAGAGCGGAAUGUUCCCCUCCAACUUCACCAAAGAGAUCCUGCUCGAGUCCGACGGACCCUCCGGAGACACUCCGCAAGAGGAGCUUCGCAGUCGCACUAGUAAGAACAGUCCAGGUAGUGAAAGCGAUGGAGGCGACAGUCAAAGGUCUGAAACAGGCUCAGUGGAAAUCCAGCCCAAAAAGGUCAGAGGUUUCGGGUUCGGCGACAUCUUCAAAGACCAGCCCAUCAAGCUCCGCCCUCGCUCCGUGGACGCCGACUCUGAGGGGGACAAGGGUGUCGAGGGCAAGUCAGCGAGCGCUACCCCGGACAACAUGAAGGGUGACCCUGACAGCAGAGGAAAAGGACGAGAGCUGUGCAAAGUCCUCUUUCCGUACGAAGCGCAGAACGAGGAUGAGCUGUCAAUCAAAGAGGGCGAAAUCAUCACCAUUAUCACCAAGGAGUGUGCCGACGCCGGCUGGUGGAUGGGGGAGGUCGGGGGCAGGAAGGGGGUCUUCCCGGAUAACUUUGUCAAGCUGCUGGAAGCCGAGAAAGAGAGACCAAAGAAGCCUCCUCCUCCCAGCGCCCCGUCAGCCAAACACACAACAGACAAAAAGUCGGAUGUUAAGAAAGUUCCACCGGAGCGGCCCGAGCACCUUCCGCAGAGGGACCAGGACCGAGGUGACGAGGUGAAGGUGGGCGACCUCCCCAAGCCGUCCCUCCCGUCCGUCCUCCCCAAGAAACCCUUCCCCCCAAAGACAAGCUCCUCCUCCUCCUCACAACCCCCAAGACGCCCCGAGAGACCGCCCACCUUGGCGUGUGAAAGCCCCAAGUCUGAGGGCGGGGCUUCUACGCCCGACUCUGCCCUUGACAGGUCCCAUGACGGCGAGCUAGACCUGGACGCCGUAGUCUCGUCAGCGGAGAAGCUCAGUCACCCGACAGCGUCCCGGCCCAGGGUCACGGACCGCCGGCCUCGCUCGCAGAUCAUCACAUCGUCGUCGCUGUCCAGCGCCGAUGUGGACCACCAGGCAGCGGAGGACAGGAAGGAGAGGGAGCGAGCCAAGGAAGAGCAAGAACCUGUCCAGUCCACCAGGAAAGGACUUCCUGUACCUGAGAGUAAAGUGCCACUGGCCAAGUCCUCCUCGUCUCUAAACCCGCCAAACAGUGGUGGCCAUCGCCCUGCCUCCCCGUCUUCCUCCUCGGGUCUGAGCCCCUCUCCAGAGCUGCGGCACUCGCCGGUGACUCCGCCCACUCUGGAGGAGCUCAAGAACCAGCUGCGCGAGCUGAGGACGUCCGUGGAGCUGCUGAAGAGCCAACACAGGCAGGAGAUGAAGCAGCUGACCAACACGCUGGAUGAGGAGAAGAGAAUUCGACUCAGUUUACAGAUGGAAGUGGAGCACAUAAAGAAGAAGCUGUCCAAAUGAGUCGUCGCACGCGGACGAGUCACCCUCGCCAAAACGUUUGUGCCAAAUGAUCGACGUCGAUCGACAUCAGCAGCAUCAUGGACUCAUGCGACCUGCACACCCCCUCAACAUCACCCUCCCCCCGACAUGAUGUCGCCUUACCUUGUGUUUACUUUCAUUUCUAACGGGCCUUCUCUCUUGGUUUAACGCUAUCUGGUGUCGCUGGUACUGGCGGAUGUGGCCGGUGUGUUGCCGUGGCAACAACAGCAGUCUCACCGGUACUCGUGUGAAGUGGCCGUGAAGGCACAUCGGAACCCCCGCAGGCCGGUUGGUCGGUGUCCACGCCGCAGCCUUCUCGCCUGUACACUCUUUAUCUGUAUAGUGUGUGUGUGUGUGUGUGUGUGUGUGUGUGUGUGUGUGUGUGUGUGAGAGAGAGCGAGAUGCUCACUUUUACAAGAGGCACAUUUUAGCUGAUUUCGGGGUCCAGAUUUGAUGGCACAUCGCUAACGCUGCGUUGCAUUUUUCCGUGCUCUCUAUAUAUUUUAUUCCUAUUUUAUUGUUAAUUAAAUCCAGUCGGGUGCUAAAUUCAAGGAUGGACUGACUCGAUGUUUAACGCAAAUAACGGCAACAUUGUUACAGCACAAUCUUUGAAGGUAGUUUGUAGGGCAGGGAAUCCAGCAGAGGGCAGCACAUCAUAGUCACGUGCACAUGAAAAUGAUGUUAAUUCAAUUUGUCCUCUUUGAAUUCAUUUCAGGACAUCUCCUGUUUGAGACACAGCUUCAGGCUACAUGUGAAACGUGAACAAUACGUGAAAAUACUUGAAACAGUACGAAGGGCGUCCUUGAUUUGGGUUACAGCGGGUGUACAUUCCGUAAGUGUGAAAGUGUCCUUAGAGAGCGAGCGCGCCCUCUGCUGGUACAACAAGUUAAUUACCUUUACUCCCGAUGAGCUAAUACUAUAAUGCAUGAGCACAUCUACGGACUAUACCGAACUUCAUCAUUGUCUAGUUUUCCUUCAUACACACAAAAAAAUGUUUAUUUUAAAAUAAAAUGCACUUUUUAAGUACCCACCCUCUUUAAUGGACCUCACAAGAGCCCACGUAAGUCAAUGACGGGAUGUUUUUUUAGCAGUCUGUGAUGUUUUAGCAACGGGUCUGAAGGAAUGUAGUCUGUGAAGGUAUGUGUGCGCGUGUGCGUGUGUGUGCUAGCAUGCACGGCUUACUUCUCGCUAUACUAUUAUGUAUGUGCACAGAAUCUAUGGCAACACAUCACUGUGGCCUUCCUCUUUUUUGACUCUUCUUUCUGUCACACAACAAAGAAAACAAGAAGGUUGCAUAUUGUUUUCUUUUUUCUCCAAGAUAGUGAUUAAAAAAACAAGAAGAUAUAUAUUCUUUUAUAUUUCAGUGUUAAUAAAGAUGCUAUUAUGUA